AUGAAGGGGAGAGAUGAAGAGCUCUCUUUGUUCCUCGAGCUGAGGAGGAGAGAGAAAGAGAACGAGAAAAACAACCUUCUUCUCCUUCAAAACUCUGAGGAACUUGAUUUGUCCAAUCUGGAAUCCAAUCACGGGGGCUCCAUGAAUUCUAAGAUCGUGUCGUCGGUACCACCAAGGAAGAAUGGAGUUGAAGAGUUUUUGAAUUCAGAGAAUGACAAGUCUGACUAUGAAUGGCUUCUUGCACCACCAGAUACACCUAUUUUUCCUACUUUAGAGAAAGAUUCACAAAUGUCAGUGAAAAGUGAUCAGGAGACUCAUAAUGCUCGCCCAACAGCUUUGAAACCUAGGGUGGCUAAUAUCCAAGCAGAACCUGCUUCAAGAAGCAAUAUAGUUUCUAAGCAUCAUGCAUCAAUGCCAGGACUAGGUUCUUUCACAUCUAGUAGGAGACCUUCAGCAUCUGGAGCUCCAACCCCAGCAACUUCAAGAUCUUCAACCCCCUCUGGAAGGCCGACAUUACCUUCAACAGCCAAAUCCUCUAGGCCCUCUACACCUACCUCCAGGGCUACCUUAACAUCUGCAAAGUCAUCAGUUCCACCAGUGAGAUCUUCCACUCCUACAAGAUCCACUGCCAGGUCCUCAACACCUACUACUACAAGGCCUUCCUUGGCAACCUCCAAGACAUCGCAAAGAUCAGCAACACCAACGCUUAGAUCAUCAACUCCAUCAAAGGCAUUUGGAGUAUCUGCUCCUCCUACUAGGCCUUCAUCAGCAUCAAAGACACGCCCUGGCCCUCCAGUUGCUAAGAAUCCGGUGCAAUCACGUGGCAGCUCUCCAUCGGUGAGAUCUAGGCCCUGGGAACCCUCACAAAUGCCUGGCUUCUCUCUUGAUGCUCCUCCAAAUUUGAAGACAUCAUUGACAGAUAGACCAGCUUCAGCCACAAGGACUAGGCCUGCAGCACCGAAUUCUAGAUCAUCUACUGUUGACGCCAGUACCAAUGGAAAAUCUAGAAGACAAGCAAGUACCCCUUCCAAAGGAAGAACUUCAACAGGGUUGGUUCAUAAUAAUCACACCUCUAUGCAAGUUUUGAGUAGAACUCGUUUCACUGAUGGUGAUGAUGAAAGCCCAGUUGUGAUUGGGACAAAGAUGGUUGAAAGAGUAGUGAACAUGAGGAAGCUGGCUCCCCCAAAACAUGAAGAUAGUCAUUUUUCCCGUGACAAUUCUUAUGGAAAAUCUUCUUCUGGUGGCUCUGGAUUUGGAACUACACUUUCAAAGAAGUCUUUGGAUAUGGCAAUGAGACAUAUGGACAUAAGGCGAAGCAUCCAGGGCAAUCUGCGUCCUCUUGUGACAAGCAUUCCAGCUUCUUCUAUGUACAGUGUGAGAUCAGGUAGUUCUUCAAAGAGCAGAACAAUGAGUGUUUCUGAUUCUCCACUUGCCACAAGCAGCAGUAGCAGCUCUGAACCAAGUGUAAAUAACAAUUCCAUGCCUUAUGAUGGAAGUGAGAUUGAAGAAAAUGAUUUUGGAAGUGAGAGAGACAACUCUUCCCCUAUCUAA